CUUGGUGUUCUGCUGGGUAGAGGAGGCUUUGGACUUGUUCAAGCAGCAACCCGACUAGAGGAUGGCCUUCAGGUGGCAAUUAAAAUAGCCUACAACGAGAACGUCAAGUUCAUCAACAUUGACGGCUACUCAGAAUCACUUCCAAUGGAGGUUGCUCUUUUAGUUCUUGCAAACCAAGAACCCGCAACACCGGAAAUAAUUCAGCUUUUGGACUGGCGCGUGAAUGAGGAUGAGUACAUCAUGGUCCUAGAGCGGCCCAUGCCUUCUGAAGAGCUGCUCACCUUUCUCCUGCGCCAAGAGUCGAUCAUUGAGGAGGAUGUGGCACGGGUGAUCAUGCGGCAGGCAACACUGGCAGCUCAAACGUGCUGCCGACGCAAAGUGUUUCACCGCGAUAUUAAGAUGGAGAACCUCCUGAUCAACCCGGACACCCUCGAAAUCAAAUUGAUCGACUUUGGAUGCGGGGAAAUCCUCACCGAUGCUCCUUACAGAGGUUUUGCUGGUACAGAUGAUUAUGUCCCUCCUGAGUAUCGGAUAACUGGCGAGUACCACGGUGAAACAACGACAGUGUGGUCUCUCGGGCUACUCCUUUAUGUGAUGAUGUGUGGGGAUUUUCCAAAUCGACAUGACCUGCAAAUGAUCAGACGUAACAUCUGGACCAAAGAUCACUUGUCAAAAGAAUGCUGUGAUUUGAUCCGCUGCUGUCUCCAGAUCGACCCAGAGCAGCGAAUUGAACUUGAGAAACUGAGUCUCCAUGACUGGUUUACGACUGAAGACGUGGAAAUACCUGUACCCGAGAACCAGCUGGUCCAUCAGUUGUCAGAGGAUCCCCCAUUUUUUUAUAUUCCUUUCUUUUUACUUGUUAGUUUUUUCUUUAAAUAUUAUUGUAUAUUUUAG